AUGAACGAGCUCGAGGGCAGUGUCAGUCGUGCCAGCCUUCCCCUGCCCUUUCAUACAUCCCUCAGUAGCUUUGCGUCAGACGUCUCUGCUCAGCUGGUGGAGCUGGAGAUCAGAUGUGAUGCGCAACCUGUCCCCGCAAACAAAGCUGGGGCGAAGCAGAGACUGCUUAGCGGCAUUUUGGUGAGACAUGCGGGAGAGAGUCUUAUGGAGGGAGGUUGGAGGUCAGGAGCGGAGGUUGUGAAGGGGUCAGUGGGGCGUUCAAGUGGAAACGCAAGCGUAGACUGGGGUAUUGAAGGGGAUGCGUGUAAAGUCAGCAUGAACUGUGGGCUGCAGAUUGGCGGUGGACAAGGAACUCUCGGAGAGGUUCAGAGUGAGAUCGAGAGAACCAAGGCGGCGCUGACGGAGUUCUUGGAGGAGUUGGGCUUGAAAGAGUGGAGCGCUACUGAAAAGAGGGAAAGUUCCGCCGGUGGGGUGGGACCAGGGGGUUUGAGCAGGGGUGCGAAGGUGGUUAAAGACCUAACUGCCUGUGUCGAGGAACAUGGGAAGCUCAGGGCUCAGCUGCAGCAGCUUCAUGCAGAGAGGGGCGCAGAUGAGACGGAAGAAUCGGCGACAGAAAGUUGUUCCAAGAGCGGCGAUGAGGAGCAAGCGGGGUCCGACCUUUCUUUCUCGAACCUGGUGAGACGGCCAGGGUCGGCGAAGGGUGGGGCGGCAGGUUUGCAGAGGGUGCCGGGAGAGGUUAAUUGUGUGAGGUUUGAAGCGGGACCGGUUAGGCAGAGUGGGGGCUCGCUGGAGGGCGACUCGGUUGGGUUAGGCAUUAACCCGGGGUCUGUGGACUGUUCCUUGAGCGAGGACACAGAUGUUGUGGUUAUGUCUGACAGCGAAGGUGAGGCGGCGUUGGAAGAGGGGUAUGUCGAAGGGGAGGAAAAGAGUGCAGGAACUUCAGGGGCCAACGACGAGAGGACUGCCGCGGGUGACGAAUGGAGCGCAAGCGGGGUGUUGCGAAAAGCUGGGGGAGACGCGGAUGAAAGAGGAGUGAUUGGAGGCAUGGGAAGAUCAGGCCGAAGGGCUCAAGCAGAAGGAAGCGGCGGUGAGAUGAGGGGUCCAGAGAAAGUGUCGAUUGGUGAGCGGGAGCGGACGAUUCUGGCGCGCUUGCAGGAGUCCGAGAAACGCCUUCAGCAGCUGCAGAGAGAGGCCCUUGCUGACGUGGCAACUUCUCAUUGGUCCACUGGGGAAACUACAGGGGCAGGAGGAAAGGAUGGGGGGCCUGACGUGGCAGAGAUUGAUUGGCCGGAGGAGACUCGGGCAGCGGCAAGUCAGUUCCUGCAAGCGAUGACCGCUCAUCUGGCUGGUCUAUUCGAAGAAUACCACAGUCUCCUGGCUGCCACGUGGCAUCAUGGGAGGCCGUCAGAUGGGGGCCAGGUGGCACCGGCGGAGGGCGCCCAAGUGGAUUCAGAAGCUGAGCUGAAGCCAAGCUGGGACCUGCUCUUCUCCAUGGAAAAGCUCCAGAUGCAAGCGGGCGGGGGGGCGCUUUUGGCAGGGCCUCAGACUCCCCCGGCAGGGAGGGUCUCUGGCUUCGAGCUGCAGUCGGCAUCAACAACUCCCGGCUCGGAACCCCGAGGUUUCUCUGACCAAGCCCCUAACCCGAAUGCGGGAGCGGUCAGCUACCGGUACGCUGACGUCAUGCUGGGGACAUCGCCUGAAAGCGUGGCGUGUGACGGCGAGCCGCUGAGGUCAGCGCUGAGGUCACCAACGGGGAAGAACGUGCACUCUGCCGCUGCUGCUUUCGCGUCCUGGGCAGCAGCCGGGCCCCACUUUUCGGACGCCGGAACCCAGUCCGAACUGCGCGAGCUUGCGGACGCUUCCGUUCAGUGCGACCUGGCUCUUCCGCUAACCCGCCAACUAACCAACUCUCAAACCGGCCUUGAACCUAGCCCGCUCCCGGCUAGCCCACGAGCGUCUUCGGAGAAAGCCCCCUCUGCUAGUCUGCGCUACCCUCCCACUCAGCAGCCCCUUCAGAACUCAGAGCGCCGGACAGGCUCCAGGCGUCCAGCUCUGGCACCCGUUUCGAGCAACACUAUGGGCGUUGAUUCCCCGAGAAACUCCCCGAAAGUGGGGCGCAAGAGAGCGUCCGGAGUCCGCAACUUGGACGCCUGUGGGGUUUCGGACGCCCGUAGAUGGGGCGCUCAGAAGGGAGAAGGGUCGGUGGAUGGGGACGUUCUAAGGCGGCGGUGCCGCACACUGGAGUGCCAGGUGGCGGCGCUGACAGGUCUGCUCGAGGCCGAGAAGGCCGAGAGGGAGCGACUCGAGCGCUGGCAGGACGAUAUGGAGAAGCGGGUCUUGAGCGCCCCCGCCGCCCCAGCCCCCUCCCCAGUUCCAAACCCCGAACCCGGGGUGCCUUGCUCCGAGAGCGGAAUCUCUUUGUCGCCUGCUGGAAGCGAUGAGGUGCUUGAAGCGGAACUGCCCCGUAAUCGCCAGACGGGCGCAGAAACUAGAGACGUAAGCGCUGGGAUGGACAUGCCUUCUCGGGAAGGUGACGCCAUGGCUUCGGAGUGUGUUGUCAGAGGAGGGGAAGGGGCGUAUCUGGGCGACGCCAUCAAAACCCGGGGAGAGGGGAUUGGUGAGGAAUAUUCCGAGCGGGAAGCUGGGGGGCUGGUCGGCGGAAAGGGCCCGGGAACGAGCGAGCCGCGCUGUUCUGAGGUGGACGGAGAAGAUAGGGCAGGAGUUGAACCGGGCAGUUUGGAAGCAGAGGGACGGCGCCUGGCAGAAGAUGAACCGCGGAAUCUGGAGGACGGACAGCGCUCGGUAGAAGGUGAACCGGGCAGUUCAAAACUGGUGGCAGGGCGCCCGGUAGAACCUGGACCGGGCACUGGGAAGGCGCACAGACAGCGGCCGGGAGAAAGUGCAACGGGCGAUGCUGAGGGACGGGGGCUGGGGGAGCUUCUGGGCGUCGUUGAAAAGCAGAAUGAGGAACUGAGCAGGUUACGGGAGGAGCUGGAAAGAAUGCAAAGUGAAGUGCAGACGAGAGAGGAGGUAGCAAGGGAAGCGCCGAAAGUGCGAGGAGGAGUGCGGUUGCAAGAGAAGCGGAAGGGAAACGGAACAGAACAGGAAACGGAACAGGGAACGGAAGCGGAGCAGCACCCAGUGCGAGAAGUGGGGGCGACAAGGGGAGCGGGAGGGAGGGGGAGAGCGCCGGAAACGGAGCGAACCGAAGGAGAGCAAACGCUGAUGAGGAAAAGUUGUGGCGCAGACGAAGAGGGCGAACAGGAGGAGGUCGGGGCGAGGGACGGAGCAGCAACGAAAGGAGAGCGGACGAGCGGAACAGAGGAGAGGCAGAACGGAACUUGGGGUGCAGAAUUCACCGGCUCCGACAAGGACGGGGAUAAGGGCGGGUCUUCUGCGAGACAAUCCUCCAGAGAGGUGCGGGCGAAGGAUUUGGGGCCAGAGCACGACCCGCAAGCUCUAGAGGGCCUUCUUUCGCGGCUGGAAAGCAGCAAAAGCGGGGAGUGUACGUUGAGCUUCCUCCUAACAUUGGUACGCGUCUGUAGAGCUCUGCUCGCUGGCGGAGAAAAGAACGAUGCCGACGGGCUGGAGCACGGUGAGGAAGUCAAGAGGGUUUCGGGGAGGGCUGGGAAACAUCAGGCGUUGCUGAAAGUUCUAGAGGGGGCGCGGGAGCAGCGACGGGCGGCAGAGGCGGCUCUGAGCGGGCUCCACGUGUCAGCAGAAGCGGUCGAGGAGGCCACUGAGAGGCGAGGUCCGGCCAAAGACUCGAGCGGAACGGAUCACGUGUUGCGGACCGCAAGUCGGCGGCUCGGAGAGAGCCACGUGGCGGUCGUCCGUCUUCUGACGGCGGUUAUGACGGAGGUCGCUCAUGACGUAGCCGCCCGGAGCAACCAAUGGGUUGGCUUAAGUGCGAGUAAAAGCGGUGGCGGGGAUUUGAGGGGUGCGGGAGACGUGUCAGGCGCAGUUUUGGGGCGCUCAGGCGAGGGUUUAGGCGGUCUAUUGAGCGGGUUAGGCGAGGGUUACAGCUGGCUUACGGACGGUCUGGGAACGGGUCUGGACGGUGUCCUGAGAUGCGUCCGAAAAAGGCAAGAAGAUGCUCGGGCGGUUGGGACGGAACUUGGUCGGGAGCUCCGUUCCGAGGUUUUGAACUUUUGUGCUGUUGUGGGUACGGAGAAGGAGGUGGGAACGACGGCUUUGAACCGGUUGCGGACGGCUACGGACUGCGUGGUUGAGAUUUUCUAUCCUUCGGACGGAUCUGGCGGGGACACGGGAAUGCAGAGGAACGGGGAAGGGGCGUCAGGAAGUCGCCUGAAAGCGGGUCCGAGUCUGAGAAGGGAAACUGGGGAGGCGGCGGAGAGGCAACUAGAGAUGGCGACGGACUUUGCAAUGUGGGCGGAAGUGGACGAGCUGCGGGAGUUGCUGAAUGAGCUACGGCAGGAAGGGGAUAGCUUACAGCAGAAGAGCGAGGAGAUUCGUGCGCAGACGAGCAGGGCGAAGGAAGAGGCGGAGCGGGAAGCUUUAGAGUUGCAACGGCAGGCAGAGAAGGCUGGAAAAUUACGGGAGCGGGAGGCUUUGGAGCGGGGGGGUGAGAAAGAGCGAGCAGAGAAAGAGAUUCAAGGCUUGAAGGGGGAGGUUUGGAAAACAGAAGCGGAGCUAAGGAGAAUAAAGGGGAAGGUUUUGAAACACAGGGAGGAUUUGGGUUCCGUCGAAAAAGAGUGCCGGCGGGUGGUUGAGGAGCGGAACGUAACGGCGGAAGAAACGGAACGUCUGCGCGAGCGCGCUCUGAGCCUCAAGGAAGAGGUAAAGAGCGCGCAAACAGAGGUUGAGAAUGAGCGGGAGAGGGCCCGUGAAUCGCGGAAGGAGGCCCUUGCAGCCGCGGAAGAGGCGGGGAAGUCUAGAGAGAAACUGCGGGCGCUAGAAGGGCUGGUCCAAAAGGCGACCCAGGCGGUUCAGCGGCUAGAAAGUGACCGGAAGGGUUUGUUGGAGCGGUUACGAGGAACGGAGAGCGCGCUUCGACGGGGCGAGGAGGAAGUUCUAAGGGUGCGGCAGAGCGUGGGGGAGGCCGAGGGGAAGCUAAGCGAGUUGGAGGACGAGGAGCGGGAGUUUUGGGGCCGUGUGGACGGAAGCAGACGGGAAGUGGAGCAACUAGAACGGCGACUUGCAGAGCUCGGAAGCGAACGUGAGGUAGCAGAGCGCCAGCUGGCCGAGGCACGUGCCCAGCUGCGGAAGACAGCCGCCGAGAGGGAGCCGGAUUCCGGCCAGAACGGAGCGGGGCGGGGCCGGAACGGUGCAGCGGAAGAGGAGGCUGGGGCGGCGCUGGAAGAGAAGCUGGCGUCGUUGCAAGGAGAGCUUAUGGACGUGCAGGUCCACCUGCUCGCAAGUCGCCGCGAGUGCCAGAGCCAAGAGGAGCGCGCCCUCCGGGCCUCCCAAGAUGCUGACGUGGCACGGGAUGAGCUGGCACUGCUCAAGAAGACGGCACUUAAUGCGCGACGGGAAGCGGAAGAGGCGCAGGCGCAAGCGAGGGCCGCGGGGGUUGCGUUAAAAGCGAUUAAGACGAGGUUAGAGCAGAUGGUUUCGCUUAACCCCCGUGGGCGGAAGGAGGAUGGGGUGACGCAAGAGGGAUCCCUCGCUGACGACUCGGAGCGCGAGUUGGAAGCGAUGGGCAGGGAGGGAGUGAGUAAAGAGAUGGUGAAAGUAGCGGAGGGAAUUCGGGGGUUAGAGGAGCGGGUUUUGCAGAAGGAGGAACGGGUAAGGGUUCUGGAGGCGAGGGUGAAGGCUGCGAUAGAAACUGUGGCAGCGGAAGAGGGAAAGCUAAAGAUUCUGAGAGAGGAGGCGCGGGCAAUGGCAGAAGGGGUCGGGAAGAGACGCGGGCAGAAACUGGAGUUGGAGGCGAAGUGCGAAGAGUUGACUGGUCAGGUUAGGGCGCUAACCGAACGGUUAGCUAACGAGAGUGCUCGGCUGAAGCUGGUUGAGAAUGACGUUAUAGGCGCCGGGGAAGACUUUGAGCGGGUCAAGGAGCGAGUUGGCGCGGCCGAGGCGAAGUUACGGCUGGUUAAGGAAGAAACGGAGCAAGCUAAGGGGGUUUACAGGCGGGUUAAGGAGGAGGUCAGGGAGGCGAAGCUGGAGUUGAGUAAGACGCGGGGCGAGUUUAGGGAACUAGAGCGAAGGUGGCUGGGAUUGAAGCUCGAAGUGACGGGUGCGAAGAGCGGUGUGAAUGGGCUCAAAGUCAAGGGGAUUGGAAGUAGGCGGGACGGGCCUGAAACGGUGGGGUUGGAUGGCGGUGUGAGCGAGCUUGACGGUUUUGACGGGGGGAGCAAGGGGGGCGGUGUGAAUAUGCUCGACGGAUUGAGACUCUCUGCGCCGGAGCUGCUAGGUUCUACAUCGCAGAAUGGCGGAAAGGGGCGGGAAAAGCAAACUAGACAGGCGACAACGUCUGUUGGUCAGGCAAGGGUUUCCGCGGACGUCCAUCGGACGGAGGAGCGUGUUCGGACGCCCAAUGAGAGUACUACUCCGCUCGACGUUCCAAGUCGGAGCUGGGAUCCCCUCCACAGAAGCGACGGUUCAACGUUGCGGACAGGGCCCGACGGACAACAGCCACGAAAAGCAGCUGCUAGCCGUUCGGGCAGGUUGACGCGGACGGGUGAAACGUACGAGGCCGGAAUGGCGACCGCGGAAGGGGCGGAGGCGCAGCUGCGGGUCGCCCAGAACGGCCUCGGGGAGUUGCUGUCGCAGAUGCACUCGCUGCAGGAGCGCGUGGCGCGGGCGUCCGAGUCGGACGAGUCGCGUAAAGUCAGCGGGCGUGACGUGAGCCGGGGGGAUCCCCUCGAAAGCCUCGCGGAGGCGUCGCUGGCGGCGUGUCUCGAGGGGGUGAGGCAAGUGCACGCUCAACUGAAAGAGGCGUGCAAGUCCGUACCCCCUGGGACAGAUUCGGAGCAGUCCAGUGCCACGUGUCAGCAGGAGAAGCUGCCACGUGGCAGGGACGUGGAGCUCCGGGCGCUGGAGGAGGUGUGCGGGCAGAUGCGGGCGGAUCUGUGGAAACUGGCGGAACGGAACGAGGCGCUUCGGCGGGUGCUGCGGUGCGGGGCUUCGGAGCGGGGGGUUGGAUUGGCUGGUGGAUCCGGGGAGGGGAAGAACGAGGGGACGGCUUGUAGUGCGAUGAGGCCGUGCGUGAAGUGCAGAAGUCUGAAUGCAAAGUUCCUGGAGAUUAGCAACGAGGCCGCACGUCUCCGACUGCUUAUGAAGACCCUGAAGGCCCGGAUCGUCAGAUUGGUACGGAUGGUGCACGAGCUGGCAGCAGCUGAGCCACUGCAUUCGCAGAGUGCGUGA